AAUCGGCAAUAAAAGAAGAAAAGCUGAUACAGAAGACCCAAAUAAGAGAGAAAGGCACGGAGAACUUAUUUUAUCUGAUAUCACAAAUGUUCAGAAUUCAAAUAAUGUUGAUUUAUUGGUUAUCGUGAAUAACUAUUGCAAUAAACCAACAACAUCACAAUUUGAUCCAGCCAGAAGCUACAUUUUAGAUCUGACGCCUGAAUCAAAAAUUCGUAAAGAAUUUAGUAGCAAUGAUUGGUCAAUUGUAAUUGAGGACAACAAGAUAACCAUGACAGAUUAUUCCUCUGAAAUAUCUGCUAUAACUGACAAGUUGUUUGGUUUAGAUGGAGCUAAAGGGCUGAAAAAUAUAUCUGUAGUCCGAAAAAUGUUAGAAGAUGUGAAAAAUGUUCCAGAACCUAUACAUAGUUCCUCCUAUGAAAUAAAAAAUUGGGAUAAGAUAAUUAGAUGGAUUAGAUGUAUAAUAGAACCAUUUUUGGAUGCAUUUGAAUCACGCAAAAGCCCACUAUCUGCUGAUUGUCAUGAAAGAGAGUGGUUCGGUGAUUAUAUAUCACCACUAAUCACUGGAGUAUUAAAACUUGAUGGAAUUUGCCAUGUCCCUUGGGGUGAAAUAAGCAUGUUGGCAUCACAAAAUCGUUGGAAUUCCGAAAAAGAUGUUCUGACAAUGAUGGUGAGCCACCAUGAAAUAUUAUGUUUAUUAAACAGUGGUGGGCCGUAUGAAUCAGAUCUCACUAAACAUGCAUCUGAUGAGUUUCAUCUCAAAAGAAUGAUGAAAGACAUGUUAGAUGCUUUAAUCAUCAAAUUUCAUGAAGCCACGAUGGAUGAUUCUGACCUUUAUGUUUUAGGGGUUCAGCUUUACUUAAAUAGGGUAUCAAUUUAUACUAUGAACAAACGAAAAUUGUACAAUUUUUGUCUUUGUCAAAGAUUUUCUAUGCCUUUGACAUUCACGUCAUAUAAUGGUUUAAAAACGGCAAUCAAGUGUGCAUGGAACUUAAGAGUAAAUGAACAAAUUCAAGAUUGGAAGGGGAAAAGUGGCGAAAUUGAUCAAGAAAUGAUUUUAGAUUGUUCUCCUACUAGUUCAAGCUCUUCUACUAGUCCAAAUUCUCCAACUAAUCCUACUAGUCUACUACCAUAUAAAAAACAUCCAUCAUAUGUUGCUUCAUCCACUGAUAAAAAUAAGCUAAAUUCUGUACAAUUUAUUGAUGAUAACAAUACAACAAAUACAGCAAAUUCACCAAUAGCUAGUAGAAGUCCAUCACGAACUAAUACUCCUUUAUCAUAUGUUGCUUCAUUAACUGACAAAAAUAAGAAGCCAAAUUCUAUACAAUUUAUUGAUGAUAACAAUACAAUGAAUAUAACAAAUUCACCAAUAGCCAAUAUUAUGCAAUUUAAUGAUGGUAACAAUACAACAAAUACAACAAAUUUACCAACAGUUAGUAAUCCUAACGAUAGCAACACUAAUACAAAUACAGUAUAUUCACCA